AUGAAGAAGCUGUUGCGGAAGAGAGCCAGGGAGUAUCACACAGACGAGGACUACGUAGACAAAGAAUUCCCAGAGGAUCCUUCUAGUGAUGACGAAAAAGACGAGGACUCAGUGAAGCACGGGAUUACCAGGCUCCUCGAGGGUUGCAGGGCUUUUAAGGUUGCUUUUACAAAGAUUUUGAUGAGGAACCUCCCUGAUGAUCCCCUUGGCCCAAUAUUGUCAGCGCACAAAAAGCUUGUCGCGGAGAAGCUCGCAGAAGAGGAUUCUGAACAGAAGAGGAAGGGGGCGACGAAAAAGCACAAACAUUUCUCUGACGAGAAGGGUCACACAAAGCCCGACAAUUUCUUAGAUGCGAAGGAGAAGUUUCUUAUCAGUGUUGCAACUAAAGAAGUUGUGAAGCUAUUUAAUGCAGUAAGGCAUAGAGUUCAUAAAGUGGCUCUAAUCCUUCUAGUUCCAAAGAUGCAAAAGUUUGAUUCUAAUAAGGGAAACAACAAUGAGCCUGGAUGGGCUCCCCUACAUGGCAGUUACAUGCUUACACAUUCGAAAUUGAAGGGCUAGCUAGGAUAAAAAGGCGGU